GGCUCACAGGUAACGCAGCAUCGCCGGAACACUUUACGCACGGGACUUGACACAACGAUCCAAGUAGCUCAAGACAAUACGUGGCUUCCUCAAGAUAAAAGGGAAUGAAGCGUGGGGUUUUGUGUGGAAACCAUCAUAAUAUGAAGUCGGAUGGGACAUUCAAGGCUCCGGAGGGAGGGAAGUUGUCGCCUUUCGCGGCUGAGGAGGAGCUCGGCUCGGACGGAGACUUUGUGGCGCACAGCCCUGCAAGCGGCAAACCCAAGCCGUACACAAGGAGACCCAAACCACCGUUCUCCUACAUUGCCCUCAUCGCCAUGGCCAUUCGGGACUCCCCCUCUGGACGCUUGACCCUGGCCGAAAUCAACGAGUAUCUCAUGAACAAGUUCCCCUUCUUCCGGGGCAGCUACACCGGCUGGAGGAACUCGGUGCGCCACAACCUGUCUCUGAACGACUGCUUCCACAAAGUGCUCCGCGACCCUUCCAGGCCGUGGGGGAAGGACAAUUUCUGGAUGCUGAACCCGAACAGCGAGUACACGUUCGCAGACGGCGUAUUCAGACGCAGAAGGAAGCGCCUCAACGCCAGGUUGAGCACGCAGCAGCAAAGCUCGGAGCCGGCACAGGACGCACCGCCGAGCACCGACCUCUCAAGCACCGCUAAGAAGUUCACAAGUUCCUUUACAAUAGACACCAUCCUCAGCAAACCCUUCAGGAGGGACACUCACAGCCAUUUGCCACUUGUGUCCCCUGUGGAACACUAUACCGGCAUAAUGAUGCAGUAUUUAAAUACACCUGCUGCCUCAUUGCUUUACGUCAAACCACCAUACCAUGUGGACCCUGGGAAUGCGCAUGCGCCAAUUUGUGGUCUUCUCUCACAAACUUUAUGAAGCAUUCAUUCCGAAUGACAUUCAUUCUUACAUGUUUCAUCAUCACAAAUCAUGUGCACCGGUGCAGGAAGGAAACCAGUGGAUGACAUGAUUAUUUUUGACAUGACUUUGGUGGCAUUUUGUGGCAGUUUUCUUUAUUUUGGCCAUGCAGUCUCUUGUUUUGCUUGUGCAUCCAGCUGUGGUUUGUCACAACUGUUACUCAACUGUUUUGCGAAAAUAUGUAUAAAGCUGGUCGGUUUGCACUGUCUUUCAGAUAUGCCGAUUGUAGCAAAAUAAAAACUCCAUGUUGAUGUGU